CAUUUUUACGAUAACAGUAAAACACACUGACCUCAGAAAGAGCACCCAAAAGAAAAAACACUGAUCAACGAAGGAUUUCUAGGGUUUUUUUUUCCGUAUCAGUAAGCGAUGGCAAUGGCUGCUCUCAGACGCGAAGGGAGGCGUUUCGCCCCUCUGAUUGCUCCCCGUCCAAUUACCGCUGUCCGAUCCUCUCCUAUCGUUCCCACUCACGAAGAUGAGGGUCCGAUUGGUGUUCGUUAUAUUUCAACCCAAGUCGUUAGAAACCGGAUGAAGAGUGUUAAGAAUAUUCAGAAAAUUACAAAGGCUAUGAAGAUGGUUGCUGCCUCAAAGUUGAGAGCAGUUCAAACUAAAGCUGAGAAUUCCCGAGGCCUCUGGCAGCCAUUUACUGCACUUCUUGGUGAUCUUCCCAGUGUUGAUGUCAAGAAGAACGUUGUUGUAACCAUCUCUUCUGACAAAGGUCUCUGUGGUGGAAUUAACUCUACAUCAGUCAAGAUAAGCAAAGGGAUCUAUAAGUUGAACUCUGGCCCUGAAAAAGAAACAAAAUAUGUAAUUCUGGGAGAGAAGGCAAAGGCUCAAUUGGUUCGUGACUCAAAGAAGGACAUUGAGUUGAUCAUAACUGAGCUGCAGAAGAAUCCUUUGAGCUACACUCAGGUCUCUGUUCUUGCUGAUGAGAUCUUAAAGAAUGUGGAGUAUGAUGCCUUGAGGAUUGUCUUCAACAAGUUUCACUCAGUAGUUUCAUUUGUGCCGACAGUCUCAACUGUAUUAUCACCUGAAAUUGUUGAAAGGGAAUCUGAAUCUGGGGGAAAGCUUGGUGAACUAGACUCCUAUGAAGUCGAGGGUGGUGAGACAAAGGGUGAAAUACUUCAAAAUCUGGCUGAGUUCCAGUUCUCUUGUGUCAUGUUCAAUGCGGUAUUGGAGAAUGCUUGUAGUGAGCAAGGAGCAAGGAUGUCUGCUAUGGAUAGCUCAAGCAGAAACGCCGGCGACAUGCUUGAUCGCCUGACUCUUACAUAUAACAGAACCCGUCAAGCUUCAAUCACCACGGAGUUGAUUGAGAUUAUAUCUGGAGCAUCGGCACUGGAAGGUUAAUUUCAAAUAUUUUUCACUGCUAGAUUUUUCCGGACGGUAAUGAAAUAAAAUGUCUGUGCACUGUUUUUUUCUCUAUACUUGUGCUUUUUUGAGUGUUUUGUUGAGGCUCUUCAAUAAUCUCCCCCAGUAUUAAAUCUUCAUUUCUGGGAAUUAAAAUUACUUUUUUCGAUUGUUUCACCUAGCCUUUUGGUUCAUGCAACACUGAAAAUUCAAUGAUAUUGGAAGGAUAUAUCCUGCUUUUAUUUUUCCCCUCUAUAAAA